GUAGCUGUGCCGUUGUUUUCUUACCCUGUUCGCUCCUAGAAUUCUUUUCAGUAGAAGAAACUCAGUGCGAUGUCGGUGACGAGAAAGUUGGCAUUUCAGCCCGACAUCCUCGAAUGGAUUGGGCUCCAGAAAACUCCUCUCAAGGCGCUGCGGAAGGAACGCUACAAGAUGGAGAAAGGCUUCAUUGCCUACGGAAACGAUUUCGUUCAGUUUUUCCGCGAUCGGGGCAACGACAAAGAAAAAAAGGAUGAGGCGGUUAGCACCACGACAAGCGAUGAUAAAUCUGCCCGUGCGAUGGAUCAGUAUUACGAAGCGGAAGAUUUGACAAAGCGGAUGAAAUGGAAACGGGUCACCUGGGACGACGACGCGGAUUACACCAGCUUUUCAAAGCGAGUGCUUGACAACGACAGCAUGUUUAAGCGAACGCCAGCGUUUUCAUUUCUUUCGAUCCACGUCAUCAAGGAUCCGUCCACCACCCAGCUGCUGAACAUCCCCGCAGGCAAAAAGAUCAUUGAACCGGGGACACUUACAAACUGGCUUUUGCAGGAACGUGAGCCGAAAGCAGUCGAUUUAUAUCCUGUUCGCGAAACGGCGGAGCGGCGUAGCGCGUUUCACGCAGAUUGGACGUCGGGAUCUGUUAAAUUCAUAGACACUGCCUCCGCGCAAGAAAUCCUCACGUUUCUCUCCACCGUUGCUCCACGGCUCCAAGCGGUGCAGUUGAAAAUGGAGGCGCAACAGACGAAACAAACUGCGGAUAUUGAGUACGUUCGAGUGCGCGUGGGCACCACCUUGAAGUUCAACACAUACAACACAAGUUUCUGGGAUGAUCCCAAGCGCAAGACCGACCCCGACUUUGUCAACCCCGACGAACUGGAUCAGUUUUUGAAGGGAAUGCUGAAGUCAGCGUUUCUUUACCGUUGGUUUUUGAAAGGCCAGGAAAUACGUGUUGUGCCACCUGGACGUGCGUACUACGUCGAUGUGGAAAAAAAGGAAAUUCAAGUUCCAGCCAAUUUUGCCGACUACAAUUGGCUGAGGGCUCAUUCUCGCUUUGAGGCCUUGGAAACAGUUGUCGACAGUUUUCGUCGUUUCUGGUGGUUCUGGUUCUCUGUAGGGAUGAUUUUUGUUGGUGAUGUUGAGCUGUUUUAA